AUGAAGAUGGUGCAGUGGCCUCCCACCCCAUGUGUUGAGGACGAGGAUAUCUCGCUAGCGAAGGAACAUGUGCCUGAUGUACAUCUGGAAAAGCUGAAAAGUGAUGACCAACCGGCAAGCAGUCGUGGGGAGGUUGAUCAAUAUCCCGUGAUUCUUGAGAACCCGAGUCCAGCACAACACAAAGAUUCAAAGACAUCUCGGAAAGGCAAGCUAUACCCUCUCGUCCCAGAUACCUCCUCUCCGGACGAACCGCCAGAGCCCGUCACCCCGCCAGGGGCCAAGAAUCAUGAGCGGAGGUUUGUCUUUAUUCCCUCUGCUAAAGAUGAUCCGAAGCCAAAAGCAGAGCCUGAAACCACUCGUCGGCCUGAUAUCGUACAUCGCUCAAAGUCCACCACACAACUCAAGCCCGAUGACACUCGGGGCAGGCCUCAGGUUAAUCGGAUUCAAACAGACUUGGGGGCUGGUCUAGAAGGCAUGGUAACUGGUCAGCGUCGUGCUCCUUCACCUUAUGCCCAUGCUCGUUCGUCCACUUUGCUGGCAGAGCCAAUGGUUCAGAGCCCUCGACCCAAUGAUACCUUACUAUCUCCAAUGUCUGCACAUCAACCCAGGAGGCCGGCUUCUGUUCAUCCCGGGGCUCGUCCCGCGGUUCAUGACAGCAGUGAUUCUGAUCACAAACCCAGAGUGAGGAGAAGUGAACGAAGUCGCAGUCGAGCUGCUCGACCUAGCAUAUCACAUUCUGAUCGUUCUGAUGUGGAAAAGCCAAGACGGGAGAAAUCUAGGCGCCGGCGACAGAGUCCUGACUCAAGAUCUUCUCGUGACUAUCCUCGCCAUCGAAGCCGUGGCCCUGCUGAAGGUGGGUAUGGCACGUACAGUUACACUAGCCAAGAUCACAUCACCCCCCCUCAAACCCCAAAACCCUCUACAGAAUCGACUCGAUCAUCGGGUGAAGAUCUGAAAGCCACUGUCAACCCCAUCUCAAGCCGCCAGCCAAUGAGGAGGGGUGCCACUGACUCGCCCUACACUUCAUCUGCCGAAGAAAAUCAUAGUCGAAGAUACGAAUCUGGAGACGAAAGGAGAUUGGCUCGGGGCUUCAGAUCACGAAGGGCUUCACGUUCCCAGCUCAACAGAGACGAUGAGCUUCGUCCUCAACAAGCCUCUUCGUCACGUCGUGAUCGCGACCGUGACCGUGGGUAUCAAACAUCUGAUGAGCGAAACCGUUUUGAAGGUCCUCGAAGCCCUGUGGCUGCUCAAAAGGCACCUAAAGAUCCCAAGGCCAUGGAAGAUUAUUUUGAAAAGGCUUUUGAAGCAAACCAAAGCAAACGGUCAAGGCAAAACGCUCCACCGUCCCAACAUGCUUCACCAAUGGCAUCUCCGCCACGGAGUCCACCACGCACCCCUCGAGGUGAAAGAGCACCCAGAGAAUAUUUCGAACCACCAUCUCAGGUAUCGAAGUCGUCGCGGCAACGAUCUCGGCCUCCUUCUAUGGAUGAAGGGCAUUUUAAGGACUUGAAACCUCUGACCACUCUCCUUGGGGCAGCAACUCUGGGAGCUUCUCUCGCGGUAAAGGCUAUUCCCAGUUUGUCUCGGUCAAGCACUGCCCAGUCAGUCGACUCUCCAAGCAGUGGCUCUCUAAGUCGGCCAAGCAGUGGUCAAAGAUCUAGGAAACCUUCGCCUGUUUCUGAUGAGACUACGCCACCAGCCCAGCCAUCAUCAGUGCCGGUAUCGCGCCACAACUCGGUCACAAAUCGUGAGGAAGGUCCAUCACCCCGUGUAACAACUUACGCUGUCCAGGAUGAUCGCUUAUUACCUAGGUCUGUUCCGCGUCCAGCCACGCAUGUCGAGAUUCCUCGAGCAGCAUCACGGGCAUCGUCAUACUCACACUCUCCUGAACAAUCUAGACCAGCAGUUCUUCCUCGUGCCUUUUCGAGCUCGAUAGUUAUGCCUGGUCAACAGUCACUUCAUCUACAACCUCAACAGCCCCUUGCUUCAUCUCCCCUCUCACCUCUAUCACCGCCAGUCCCUCCUCCUCCCGCCAAUCCACUUGUCAAGAAUAACACGUUACCUCCCUGUCCUCGGUCUAAGCCCAUGGCUGGGUGCCAUGAUUGGUACACUCUUCGUGACAUGCCGAAGAUGUUUUUCUGUCCUUCUUGCAUGAAUCAUCUUGGGAGCUCCCCAUUCAGGGAUUACUUCGUUCCAAAUUUUUCGUCGGAUCCUUACAGACCUAUUGCAUGCUCAAUGAGUAAUCCAUGGAUCCGAUUUGCGUGGAGUCGAACCAUGAAGCAGGAGAAUCCCAAUCUCACGCUUCUGUGGAAGAUCAAUUCGGAUCCACCACCAGAAACUAAGAGAUGUAAUGGCAAUCAGAAUGACUUGAGGAAAUGGUAUCAUCUGAAUGAUCCCAGGAUGAAUAAGCCAGUGGAAAAUUUCGACGUCUGCUCCGCAUGUGUCCGGAAUGUUGACCUUUUAUUUCCAAAUCUGCAGUCCUAUCUAUUUGAUCGACCAACAGGAAAAUUGGCGCAGGAAAAGGUAUGCAACAUGAAUCUUGGUAGCCGGAACUUGCCUGUUAUUCUUAAUGAGUUGGAGCGAUUAGCAGACUGGCAACAGAAAUCCCAACUUCGAACCAAAGAUAUCCACAAUUUUCUAGACCGCGUUUGGCGUCUCUGUCGGUAUAGAGACUGUGCAAAAGACACCAUGCUUGGCCAUCAGUUAUGGCAUCACCAUCCGGAACUUCCAGAGCUUACCAUCUGCGAGGCAUGCUUUGAAGAGGUUGUGUGGCCAUGGAAAGAUCGACCUAUUGCGAAGGAAGUUUCCAAAACAGUCAGGCAAGUUCCAGUGCUUCAGCGAACACAGGCCCUUCCAGGCAUCAGCUGCCAGCUUUAUAGCGAUCGAAUGAGACGUUUGUUUUAUGAGGCAUGUAGCAAGAAUGAUUUUGAGCUUUUGAAGAGGGCUGCGAGAUACCGAUAUGAUAUGGAACACAGACUUCAACACAACCACAGAUUGUAUGCAAUGGAUAUGAAAGCAGGGAUUGAUAGGAGGGCAGAUAUUGAGAGCAAUGUUGCCUUUUGGAAAUCCAUUGAAUGA